AUAGUUUCAAUUAAAAUGUCAGACAACUCAUUAUAAGGUUAUAAAACUUGGGUUAGUCAUGAACAACAUGUGAUAGGAAUUGGAGAGCCAGUCUCCCCCCUCAACCCCACCCUGCCCAACCACUCCAGCUAUGUAUAUGUGGGCAAAUUAUUCAGACUUUGGGUCACAACUUCCUCAUCUGAUGGAAUGGAAGACAUUCACAACCUCUCAGAGUCAGUAUAAGAAUAAAAGUGGAUCAUUGACAAGAAAGCUGUUUGCAAAAGAGCAAAUACACAUUUCUGUUAUUAUACUGGGUACUGAAGCCCUAGCCUGGAAUAGUCUGAGACCCAUAUAUUUCCAUGCCAUUCCCGUGUUUCAACCCCAAUUCUCCCAGUCAUGACAGACAUUCCUUUAGGGUCCUUCUCCGUUUUCAGAAUCAUCCCUCAUAAUCCCUUUAGGAAAUGGGAAAUGUUGACCGUCCAUUUAUAGCACAUCCAUGAAAAGACAAAGCUCAUUCAAAAUGGAGCACUUGUGGGACCUCCCUGGUGGCACAGUGGUUAAGAAUCCGUCUGCCGGGGUACCUUGUCGCAGGUGGGGCUGGAUGGCCGUCUCCUUCGGCUUCCACCAUGGGCUCAGCACGUUACUUGCACCGAAGGUUGAGUGGGCGCCACGGUGGCUCCCAGCUUGCAGACAAAAGACAUCAAUCUCUUUCCUUAGUCGACCAGACCUUCCAAACCUGGCUUAUAAGAGGCUGAAAGGCAAAAGUACAGGAAUUAUCUUCAUCCCUGGCUAUAUUUCUAAUAUGAAUGGUACAAAAGCAUUGGCGAUUGAGGAGUUUUGCAAAUCUCUAGGUCAUGCCUAUAUAAGGUUUGAUUACUCAGGAGUUGGAAAUUCAGAUGGUAAGUUAGAAGAAUGCACAGUGGGAAAAUGGAAAAAAGAUGUUCUUUCUAUAAUUGAUGACUUAGCUGAAGGACCACAGAUACUAGUUGGAUCUAGCCUCGGUGGAUGGCUUAUGCUUCAUGCUGCAAUCACACGGCCACAAAAGGUUGUUGCUCUUAUUGGUGUAGCGACAGCUGUGGAUGGCCUAGUGACACAGUUUAAUCAGCUUCCUGUUGAGGCAAAAAAGGAAAUAGAGAUGAAACGUGUGUGUUCCAUGCCAUCAAAAUACAGUGAGGAAGAAGCAGAGCACCACCGCUUGUUACAUAGUCCUGUUCCUGUGAACUGCCCUAUAAGAUUGCUCCACGGCAUGAAGGAUGAAAUUGAACCAUGGCAUACAUCCAUGCCGGUUGCUGACCGAGUAGCCAGCACAGAUGUAGAUGUCGUCCUCCGAAAGAAUAGUGAUCACCGAAUGAAGGAAAAAGCGGACAUUCAACUUCUGGUUUACACUACUGAUGACUUAAUUGAUAAGCUUUCAACUGUAGUUAACAAGAAUCACAGUUUUAGUUGGAAUGUAAAGUAA